AUGAAGAGCAAAGCAUGCUCGAGGCGGAAGUGCAAUAUUUGGUUUUUACAAGCGUAUUCAUAUUUCAGUAGUCCAACGUUUACCCGUGGAUGGAUGUUGUUUCUACUUUGGCACGUGGCUCUUAGCAUCACUUUGCAUACGACGUCACUAUGGUUGGCCGUAGCAAUGGCAUUUAUCCGAAGAAUGACUCUUCGAGUUGCUAGGCUUAACAGGCAACACUUGGCAACGUCCACAAUUCGCUUGGAAAUUGUUGUAUUUGUACACGAAAUCUCUCUAUAUCCUGAAGCUGUUUGGCAGCCAAGUUCUCAAUGCUCCUCUCGUUAUCCAGCCAACUAUACUCAAGCCAUAUACACAUUUUCGGUUAGCAAAGAAGCUACUGCCAACAAUUGUAGACUCUUCAAGAUGAAUAUUUGGAUGAUUGGAAUAGUUUUCAAGGUUAUUCCUUGCAUAUUGCUCAUGAUCCUUAGCUUUGGUCUAGUCGACAAAAUUCGUCAGGCGGAACGUCACCGAAGAAAGCUCACGAAUGUCAGCCUCAAUAAUCCAAAUUCUCUUGAUGGCGCGUCUCAUGCAAAAAAAAAAUCGCACAAAUCCGAUCGAACUACGACGGUGUUGGUGGUGAUCCUCAUCGUCUUUCUCAUUACUGAAUUGCCUCAAGGAGUAAUCUCAAUUUUAUGUGCCAUUUAUACCGCUGAUGUCCACAAGUAAGU